AUGCGUCAAUACCUCACACGCGUUCACAAUAAAAUAACAAAACAUGAGUAUGCCUUUAACGACAGCUUCUACGCUGUCGAUAGAAUUAGUACAACUAAAAAAGAGCUAACAUUUGAUUUUCCAGCUUUUGGGCAUAAAACGUUAUCAUUUAGAAAUGUGAAUGGGCAUGUGGAGCCAAAUGUGGUGAAGAGGUUUCGAGCUACGCCUGAACGUAUUGAAUUGGAAAAUUACAGGGUUUCAUUACAGCAAGAAAAGGAACUUGAAGAGGUUCCAGAAGAGACACUAGCAGAACACAACUUGAGUUGUGUAUUAGACAAAACAGCUGAAGAGGAUGAAGCAAGCAGCAAGCAACGUUACAGCUUCCAAAAGUCCUUUUAUAGUUCUGAAUCAGAAAUGGAGGAAGAGGACCUACCUGCACCUGACCAAAAAGAUGCAGAGUGGAAGGAGGCAAUUAAUAAUGCUCAGCAGAAGGAAAAGUCAGAGACUAAAAUGAAAACUGAAGCAGUUCAAUACUCAGGAGAUGAAGAAGAGGAGGAGGAGGAGGAAGAAGAAGAAGAGGAGUCUAGUGAAGAGGGAGAAUAUUAUACCUGGGAAAGAGAACUCCAGUUAGACCUCCGGCUGCAGACUUCCUCAGAUGAAGAGGAUACUGGUACAUAUAAAGUAAAAGACCUACACAUUCAAGAAAUAGUUCAUCUGGCAGGCCCCCUGGAAAUUCAAGAAGAUGUGCACUGGGAACACAUUCCAGAGAAGGAAGUGCAGGUGUUCUGUCCUUCUGAAUCUUCACAUCUAAAAGGUGCCUGUGAGGAGGAUGAGCGGGAGGAGGACUUGGAAGUGGAAGCAGAAAUCAGGUGUGAAACAUCAGUCCUCAAAGAGCCAGAUAAAGAUCAGUCAAUAUCUACUAAACUGGUGAGGACAUCCAGUGAUGUUUGUCUGCCUCAAGGGAAGACUGCAGAAGAAGUGAGACAGGAUGUUAAAGAAAGAGUGCUGCCACCCUGUUUGGUACAGUCUCCAGCAUCUCUCUUUUUUCCUGAGCCUUUUCUACCUAAAGAGAGACCCAAAGAGAGAGGACCUACAGAUCUGAAAGAAGCUUCAGGUCUUGCAGUACCAAAGUCUCCAAUACAGUCUCAACCCACUGCCUCAUCAGAAACAGUUUCCCCUCAUUCACCUGUCAAAUCGCAGCCAACAGCAUCUCCAGUAUCAUCAUCUUGCACUUAUGUGGCCUCCUUUCCUAUCUGCUCACAGCCGUUAGCAGAUGUACCUGCUCAUGUUUCUGCAGAGCCUAGUGAACAGUCACCACCUGUUUCUGUCAAAACAUCUACACCUUUGGUCACACCCAUUGCAUCUAGUCAAAAUGUAGAAAAUAGAAAACCCAUCAGUCCAACAGCAGAGGAAACAAGUAAAAGAGUAGACUUAAUAGAGGAAUUCUGGGCAAAAAGUGCUGAAAUUAGGAAGAGUCUUGGGUUAAGCCCUGUUGAAAGGAAUAGAAGCACAGAAUUCAAUUUCCCAGCGUAUAGCCCUGAAUCAUUAUCUCCAGGGUUUCCUAGCUCAGGCAUUAUGCAACAAGAGCAGAAGCUAUAUUCUAGCAAGUCUCAUCCUAGUUUGAAACUGUUGACUGUCUCAGCAAAUGAGCAUCAGGAACUUACCCCUAUAUCUCAGGAAUCCCUUUUUGAUAAAGAAGCCAAACGUUCUAAUGGAGAGAAGAAGGAUUUGACUAGUAGCUCUGGUCUAGGACUCAAUGGAAGCUGUUCCAUUACAAGAACUACUGCCAGUGAAAGCUUUAAUACUUCAGAUUCUACAAUGUUGACUCCACCAUCAAGCCCCCCUCCACCCCCACCAGAAAAUGAGAAGCCAGCUACUUUACAAAGAAAGAAGCACCAACCUCCUUUGCAAAAUACACCCCCACCUGUUUUAGGCUCACCCGUGCCUAAAACUACAACUACAUUAAAAGAUCUAAGCAAAACAGAAAAAGAAGAAAUACGGAAGUCUUUUGCAGAAAGUGUGGAUGAAAUUCCUUUUGCUGAUGAUGUUGAAGACACAUAUGAUGACCGGACACCAGACACAAGCCUCCAUGAAAAAUUUUUUACUCCACCUACGUGUAGAACAGAACAGCAGAAGGAUCUUUAUCUACCACUGAAACAGGAAAAUGGAAAACCCAAUUCCAAGGAAGACCCAGCUCAAAAAAGAAAACUCUUGCCUGCAAUAUCUCCUGAAGCCAAGGAAGUUGCAGAAGAAAGGAUAAGAGCAAGAGAGAAGUCCGUGAAGAGCCAAGCUCUGCGAGAUGCUAUGGCAAAACAGCUGUCUAACAUGAAAAAACUGGAGGCUAGCAGAGCAGUGCCUGUUGCUGCUCCUUGCAGUAAACCUUCAGAUAUGCAGUCAACAGACAAAAAGAUACCAGAUCUAGUUGUGGAACCCGCCAAACCUCCAAUCAUUAAACCGACAGUUGUUCCAACUUUGAAAGAUGUAACUGCAGAAAAGCUUUUGUUCCCACCUUUAGAUCAUAGCUUGGAGAGUUCUUCCUUAGAGGGUUCCUCAGUGAAAAGUAAAAAGAGAUCUUCACUGUUUUCUCCCCGUAAAAAAGAAAAGAAGUCAAAAAAUGAGAGCAAAUAUGCUACUGCAGAUGAUGUGACAAAGUCCAGAUCCCUUUGGAAAUCUGUUUUUAUGGGGUACAAAAAAGACAAAAAAAAAAGAGAUGAUAAAUAUUCUCCUAGUACACCAUCCAGUGCCACAACAGUAGAUUCAGGAAAAAAAGAGGCUUCACCUCCAAUCAGACUGGCAGAUACAGAGCUGCGGAGAUACUUGAGUUUCUCUGAAGACUCUGACCUCUCUAGUGAUGACAUCUUAGAAAGAGCGUCUCAGAAAUCCAAACGAGAGUCAGUGUAUGUGCCUCACGCCUUGGCUUUCAAGAGAUCAUAUGCAACAAAGAAGGCUUACACAGAAGAGGAACUAAAUGCUAAGCUGACUAAAAGAGUGCAGAAAGCAGCCCGCAGGCAAGCCAAACAGGAGGAAUUGAAGAGAUUACACAGAGCACAGAUCAUCCAGAGGCAGCUAGAACAAGUUGAAGAGAAACAGCAUCAGCUAGAAGAGCGAGGUGUUGCUGUUGAAAAGGCACUUCGUGGAGAAGCAGACUAUUGGGGCGAGUCUAAUUACAGUGAUCUCAUCGACUUGCACCUUGGUGUUGAGUCCCAUGUUGAGAUACCACGUCGUAGACCUCUCUCCUUCUGUCCCUGCUGUACCUCAGAAGUUCUUGACGCAAAUGACAGCUGCAAAUGCAGUAUGGGUAAGAAGGAUGAUCCUAAACUGAUGCAGGAGUGGUUCAAACUUGUACAAGAGAAGAAUGCUUUGGUCCGCUAUGAAUCUGAACUUAUGAUCUUUGCACGAGAAUUAGAACUAGAAGAUAGGCAAAGUCGUCUUCAGCAGGAGCUGAGAGAGCGAAUGGCUGUAGAAGAUCAUUUAAAAACUGAAGCAGAGCUGGCAGAAGAGAAACGCAUCUUGAAUGAGAUGCUGGAGGUGGUAGAACAACGUGAUGCCUUGGUGGCACUUCUAGAAGAACAAAGGUUACGAGAAAAGGAAGAAGACAAAGAUUUGGAAGCAGUCAUGCUGUCCAAGGGUUUUAACUUGAACUGGUCCUGAUCCAGUACCCUAUAUAAAAAGAUUCAAUUACUUCAUGAGUUUCCAGUUUGCUGAAAUGUCAGUUGAUUGUCAUUUCAAUAGCUGAAGCUACACAAGGAAACCAUCUUAUGUACCCAGUCUUUGAACCUUAUAUUACAGGAGUGCAUUGUUGUUGCAAGCUGCAGCAUAGCAUGCAUGACAAUGUUUUAAAUAUGGAAAUCUAUCUCCAGUUAAACAGCUUUUCUCCCUUUUCAUACUGGGAGAUGAUACACUCCAGAGUAUCUGCCUGUACUUCAAGCUGAGUUCAGGGCUGUAUAUUGUUAAAUUUGAUUGAUCUUUGUACUAUACAUAUACUUUUUGUGUUAUUAAUUGCAACAGUUGAUAAUGUGGAGAACUGUUACACAUCUUGAAAUAAUUUGUCCAUUUCCAGCAAAUCAAAUUGUUAGCAGUUUGUGACUUCUAUAAAGCUAGUGCUUGAGAAUAAGCAGAUGCCCUUGAAACCCAAUGAAGCAGUGGAGAUCUUCAACAUUCUGUCUAGGCUCGGUCGUACUAGAGCAGAAGUAGAAAACAGAUGCCAUUACAUGUGCCAUCAGAUGAGUUCAAAAGGCCAUUUUUCAGUGGAGUGUUUGAUCAGAACCAGCAGAAAUCUGUUGGGAAAACAACUUAAGGAUCUUCUUCAACUUUAUUCCUUUUUACAAAAGGGAGAAAUUAACUCAAGCACAUGGGAUGGUAGACAUUCUUAUCUGCCUCUUUGAACUUGGAAAUUAGAAGUAUUUACUAAAUUCCAGAAUGGACAACCCUUCGAAACCUGUAUAAUAAGUAACAGAAUUACAUUUAACAGUUAUUAACUCUCAAUUGUAUAUUUAUUAAAAAUGUAAAAUGCAUCUGGUUGCAGAUCCUAAAGACUCACUGAUAUACCACAAUGAAGAGUGGUAAUCAUUCAAUGACUGAAACAUUUCUCAAUGCAAUGUUUUUAUGUUUACUUUGCCAGUUAUUUAUGGAGGGAGCCUAUGUUGGGAAAUACAUAACUAAAACAA